AUGGUGGGGCUGAGAAACCGCUCUACAUGGGAACCACUGCUACUCAAAACCUCCUGCAUCAAAUCUUGUGCUAAUGGUUGCUCCAUGGGCAUCACUGCGCACCUUACCUAUGCCAACGCUGACAUAGAGUCUGUAGAAGGUGUGUUCAUAUACCCUCUCGGUGAAAAGGAGGUUGUGGUGGGCUUUGAAGCCGUGAUCGCAGGCCGGUUGGUUGGGGUCCAGAUCCAAAGCCGAGGAAAGUUAAAGGACUGCUGUUUGGAUUGCUGCCCUGGAGUUGGUCUUGAAGGGAAUGGCCUGGAGUGGGGCUGCUGUGGGAGCCCCAGUCUAGACAUGCAAUGCACCAACGGACAUCUGAUCCUGGAUGAGGACCUGGAGAGAACCACUUUCAUCGUGGGCACCGGAGUCAUUGGCCCCAUGGAUAUAGUGUCGAUCAUCAUAAGCACGACACUAGAACUUCCCACAUUAGAAAACGGAGCCAUUCGGAUCGUCUACCCCACACUCCUUACCCCGCUUGUCACUGGGAAAAUGACUCCAAGCAAGAGUGAAAGUGGGGGGAAGUCUGAUGAAACUGGGGCGACCAGUUGUUUUGGUGCCACCUCAGGAAAACAAGAUCGGAUCGUGCACUCUCAGCAGCAGUGUGCGCACGCCAUCUUCACCAGCCCAGCUGUCAACCUGGCACCUUAUGAGCUGAACUUCCAGCUGCUGGUCAGAGGGGCCUGUCUGCUGGCUGGACUGGAGAGCCCUACUCACGCUCUGAGGGCAGAUGCAGAUCCAAGUGCCCAAAGUGCCUCUGCCACCUACAUCACCUUGGCACAGGAGCAUCCCUAUGACAGGCACAUAGAGAUUAUUUUGCACCUCAGCGAACCUCACAGCCCCUUGGUCAUCUUAGAGAGAGGCAGGCUCUCCUUCAGCCAAUAUGAACAGCAAAUCUGCUCCCGUCGAGAUUUCAUCCGAUGCACCCGCAAGGAUUCAGAACCUGAAAGAAAGCUGGAGUUUGUCAGGAAGAGAUACCACAAAGACAUUCUGUGCAGCCCCGUGUUGAUGCUCAAUUUCUGCCCCGACUUGCUGCGUGAACCUCUGGAAGUGCACAAAGCCACCAGGGAGCUGCUGUUUCUCAUUGAUCGCAGUGGCAGCAUGAGUGGCGCCAACAUCCAGCGUGUGAAAGAAGCCAUGGUGGUGGCACUCAAGAGUCUACCUUCUGGCACAAUGCUCAACAUUGUGGGAUUUGGUACCACCAUCAAGCCCCUGUUCACCUCCAGCAAGCUUUGCACUGAUGUCACACUAACUCAGGCCUACGAGUACGUCCAGAGGAUGAGAGCUGACAUGCGAGGCACCAACCUGCUGGGGGCGCUCUUCUGGGUCUAUCAACAGCCCAUGCAGCGCUCAUACCCUCGCCAGGUCUUUAUUAUUACAGAUGGAUCCAUCAGCAAUGUAGCUAGAGUGCUGGAGCUAGUACGCAGAAACGCAUGUGCUGGCAGAUGCUUUGGCCUAGGCCUUGGUCCACGAGCCUGCAGGAGACUCCUGCAGGGCGUUGCCAAACUGACAGGAGGGACUACAGAGUUCUUGGAUGAUGAGGAGAGACUCCAGCCCAAGUUAAUCAAGUCCCUGAAGAAGGCCUUUGAACCUGUUCUGACUGACGUACGGAUCGACUGGUAUCUGCCAGAAAACAUGGAGGCUCUUCUUACGCCCAAUGAAAUCCCUCCCCUCUAUCCCGGGAAUCGCCUCAUAGGAUACUGCACGCUUUACGACAUGACCAGUUUCAAAGUAAAAAAGGCGGAGGAACAGAGCUACAAAGAUUUACUUCAUGGUUCUACGGGUUCAGUUUUUGGCCAGUCGAACGAUGAGCUUUCACCUCCUCCUGCCUCUGAGCUCAUGCCUGUGGUGACAUGUGCAGAUGGCACUGAGUUGGAGGAAGCACUGAGGGAAAUUUCUAGAGAGAUCUCCUCUGAGUUCUCCUGUGCCAAAGACACAGACACAGGCACCAGUCCAGGUGUGGAGUUGGACUGGUCCAGCGAUGUGAGGAAGAGGAUCCAGGAGAGUUCUUACAUUCAGGAGCAGUACGUCCUCACUCGCUGCUCACUCAGCAGUGAACGAAGUCUACAAACGCAGUCCCACUCUCACAUACAUGCCUCAAAUUCUGAAGGGGCCUUUCUCUCCAGCUCUCACUGUUCUGGUCCAGUGCUUGAUACAGGGUCUCUGCCCCAAGGCCUCGAGAAGAUGCCCCCUCCAGAACAGAGAUCAUCCCUGUCUCGCUGGGCAGACUCAUCAUGGCAGCAAGACCUUUCAGUCAAGUCCCCGGACAGUGGGACCAAAAAAGGGUGUCUGGAUGGAGCUGAGGAGUCUCGUAGGAGACAAAAAGCACUAGCACGUUCGACGAUGGCAGCGCGAAGUUUUUCGUCCCCCCAGGGUGAAUUAGAGAUGCAUCGGCUCAGAAGGGCUCUGGAGAGGGUCUCCUUUGACCAAACACUGGGAGGGAAGCUGGAAGAAAGUGACGGGGAGACAAAGCCAACACCACGAGGGACAGCGUCCCACAGAAGCCUCACCGACUCCAAUGGACUCUUGUUUCCUGCCUCCCCUCUGGACUGGGACAGCUUCACAGAUCCAGAGUAUCUCUUCACUGCUGUCCCACCUGACAGUCCUCCCCCAGGCCAGUGCCGUUCCCUUAUUCAUGGUGUCCUGGGUGGCAGGCCUGUGUCCUGGGAGGUCACUGUAGACCUGGGGCACCUCUGGACCCCUGAGAGUCAGGACAUUGAAGUAAGUGGGGUAUGUGGAAGGGGAGGUGAAGAAGGAAGAGGAGGGAAAUCGUGGCAGGAGAUCAUUCACCAACUGACCGCUCGCUCAGUUAUAAGAGACUUUGAGAAAAUGGCAGAGAAAGAGAGCGACAUUGGACAUGGCUCAGCAAAGCGAUAUCGUACAAAGGCUAUCCAGACAAGUAAGCACUGUAACAUCAUCUGUAUGUACACAGCCUUCACUACCACUGACAGCAAUCCCAACAAAGGCUUGGCUGACAUGGAUGUGCAAACCACAGGGCUACAUUUGGGAAACAGGCAGACUUUUCAGUCAGGCAUUCGUAGGCAGAGGACUUAUUCUGUAGGUCUGGGCAGGCGGCACACCACUGGAGACAGUGCAGAGGUGGAAGACACCUGGAACUCUACAGACAGAGAUGACACUCCUGCCUCACCCUGUAGUGUAACAUCCUGGGACUCUAGUGUAGGGAGCAGCUCCUACUACACUACAGCCAUGGCAACAGGCACCUCGAGCACUCGCUCACAGCGAUCUAUAGAGAGCAAGUCAAUGGAGAGCUUCUUUGGCACCAGGUUCCCGCUGGGCAGGUUCAGGUCCUCCAUUUCAUCAGGAAAGCAGGUGCCUCUCAAGUCCCACUGCUUAUCUGCCGAGACCGAGAAACAACCUGAAAGUGAAGCUCCAGACUACCUGCCCCUGGUUCGUCUGCAGCUGGCAUCAGGAGCUUUUCUUCUGACUGAGAUCUACUCUGACUGUGUCCAGAUUCCUCUGGACCGCCUUAAAAGAGCAUCGCCAUACAGUCUCCACCGCCGUAGUCUCAGCCCAGCCUUACGCUGCACAUCUCCCAGUGCUCCAUCCUUGUCCACUACUGCCAAACCUCCUGGUGCUCCCUCUGGUCACCACGUUACCUUCUCUCCUUCCGCUUGCUCCUUUGUCAGACCAGCCAUUCCACCUUUCCACCACACUCCAGAUGAUACUCCCCUAAUUUUGGAAUCAAGGCUUCGCCGAAGAUACCUCUCUGACCAAGACCCUGUCACCUCUCCCACUGACCUCCCCAGCUCUGAAGAGGGUUCUUUGGAGUUAUCCAUCAGCCCCUUUCAGAACCAGAACCUCGGCCAAGCAGACAGUGGCCGUGGGUCAGAGACAGAUAUAUAUGAAGGCUCUACACCUGAGCAAGCUUACCUCCAAGGGAGCAGCCAGUUGGCUCAAGAGGAUCUGGAGGGCUCAACUUGGGCCACAGCUGUGGCCCUAGCGUGGCUAGAGCACCGGUGUGCUGGCUACUUUAUGGAGUGGGAACUGGUAGCAGCAAAAGCAGACUCAUGGCUGCGCUGUCAGAAGCUGCCCGAGGGACUGGACAUGGCAGGGCUUAAGGGAGCAGCCAGACAGCUGUUCCUGCUGCUGCGCCACUGGGAUGAGAACAUUCAGCUGAACAUGCUGUGUUAUAACCCUAAUAACAUGUGA